AGGAAGAACGUUAUUUCAGUCAUUUGUGCAAAUGUGAGACCAACUGGACGGAAACAAACACCUUGACACCAGCUUGUCCAACAUCAUGUGCGGCGCAAGAUGAACAGUUUAACUUGAUAUUUGCAAUAGCCGGAGCAGUCGUUGGUAUUUUACUCGUUUUGAGUGGAAUGGUCUUUGACAGACUUGGUACAUUAAUUACCAGAUUACUCGGGAGCGUUGUAUUUCUGUCAGGAUCUUUGAUGGUAGCAUUAUCCACGCCAGCAAUUUCCUACGUCCUUUACCCGGCGGUGCUUUGUGUCAUGUAUGGUGGUUUCUUUAUUCUUGUUACCAAUAUACAACUUGGAAAUCUUCUCAAGAGAGGGCG